UACAAAUUGCUCAAUAUUAAAAAUAAGCAUCCAUGAACAACACGAUUAAUCGACGAAUUGUGAGAGUUUGGGUGGUGGGCGGGUAUCUAUUUGUUGGAUAUACCUAAACCCGAUCCAACCCAGCCUGUUGAAUAGUGCAAUCGAUUUCAAGCCGCCCCGCAAUCCAUCAACACGACUUUUACCUGCUUUGACCGGGUUGAGUCAUGAAGGGUACAUGUGGAUUCGGGUUUUGUUGCCAUUUCUAUGCAAGAGAGUACGAAUGAGUUGGUUAUUCAAGCAACUAUGAAGGAGGUAGUUAUGCAGGCGUCGAUGUGGGAGAUGGGGUAACAUGGGAAGAAUAUCCUCAUCCAGUUAGUUCAGUUGAGCUCGCCCCCAUCACAUGAGUCUGAUGGCGUUCUGAUCCGGGCCUAAUUGCACAUAUUUUGCCCUCGUUUUACUUAGGUGUUUUUGCCAAAAUCACUCCUUAAAGGUUGGUUUUACGCUAGGUUCUUCGUGUUUGAGUGUGUUUCAGGAUUUAACAGGUGAAACCAGCCUCGGAGUCGAAAGAUUGGCGAAAAGGAUCGAAAACUGGGAGAAGAGGUGAAAAAGAGCCAGUUCACGGCUAACAAAGGGAGUUCACGAUCUUGCAUGACCGUGAAGAAGAGGAGUUAACUGUGAAUCACAAGGCGUCCAGAGCCAAAGUGAAGGUUACUGACGCAAGAUGAGUUUACGCUCACUAAGACCGUGAACAAACCCAGUUGACCGUGAACUCGAUUGAACGAUGCGGCCCGUUUUGGCGCACGCCUACAGUUCACAGACGCGUUUCAUGGUGCACGGCCGUGAACUCAGCUCAUCUCUGGUUCAAAAGAUGAGCUGAAAGGAGGAGAGAGGGGGGAGCCCAUUUGGUGUGAAAAUCAUUCUUCUACAUUCUAGAGAAAGAAACACGAACCAAAGGGAGAAGAAGGCUAGGGUUUAGCUUCAAGGCAGAUUUUGGGAAGAUUUCCUCCAAGGAAAGCUCAACUCAAGGGCCAAAAAGACUGGGAGCAUCCUCCAAGAUGGUUUCCAUCUCUUUCCCUUUUGUUUUUCCCACUUCUAGCAUGGAGUAGACCUAUAUGUGUAUUGGAUGAUUGUCAUUGGGUAUUGUUCAAUUCAAUGAUUGAAGCAUUAUUUAUCAUGAUUGUGCAUGCUUGUGCUUAGCAACUUAGGGGUUGUGCAUGUUUUGUGCUUAGUACCCUUAGGUUUGUGCAUGUAGGUGCUAGCAAUCUAAUUGGCCGCCUUAGCCUAGCUUAGAGAGGAAAAUCCUUCUUCCAAGGGGGACUCAAUAGAGUUGGUUUUCCUUUCGCUUCCUAAGCCACCUAAACUAGGUUAAGUUAGGGAAAACCUUGAUAUUGAGUUAAGCAAGUUGGUUAAUCGCGAUCAAGACGUUCGACCUUAAGGUUGAGUGAGUGAGUAUGUCAAUUACCGAUUGUCUAAACCGAGAGGGUCGAGUGACACGACCUUUCAUGCUCUCCUCGGUUUAGAAAUUGAGAUUGUGGUCUCCGACCACAUAUGCAUCCCUCUGUGGUUCGCGAUUAUCGUGACCAAAGCAAUCAUUCCAAUCCACAUAGCAUGGUAGCUGAUAGGGGGAAGCAACACCUGAGUGAUCCUUCCACCAAAGAGUUAUCAAAACCAUUUACUUUUGCUUUCUUUCAUUUCAAUUAGCAAAUCCUUAAACCAAAGCUUUGUUGCGAGGUGAUGAUUUCAACAACUGAAGUAGGGAUAGAAGGACCGACCCAGGUCGAUAUCUAAAUACUUUCCCUAUACUGCACCUGACUAGAGUUUAAAAAAUUGGGCUCUAGUUGGGUUUUUAUUUUGGUGUAGUUUCGUGCGAGUCAAGUUUUCGACGCCGUUUCCGAGGACUUGGGUCUGUUAUUUUAAAAACGUUGUUGGUUGUUAAUCUAGCUUUUAAUUUCAAGUUUUACAAGUGUGUGUGCUUUGCUUGUGAUAGACUUGGUGUGUUUUUCAACUGUGUGUAGGUGGUGCAUGACCCGAAGCAACCCGACACCUUUGCUACCACUUGGCGAGGACAUAAACAGGACUCUCCAACUCCUAGCACGGGAGAGAGAGCUAGCGGAGGCAAGGAGAAGGAGUGAAAGAAGGGGACAACAAUUGGGUGCCGGUAUUAGUGGAGAAGUAGUUGAAGAAGUGGAAGUUGAACCCGUCAUAGAAGUGGAAAUGGAGUGGAACCAAAGGCAAGAUGCUGCUCAAGCCCACCAGUUGAACGAUGCGGCGGAGGAAGAGGAUGCCCCAAGGACGAUGGGUUACUAUAUGGCCCCAAGGCCGGCGGACAUUCAAUCGCCAAUCCUACACCCUCCAGUGGCGGCAAACAAUUUCGAUAUCAAUCCGACUCUAGCGACUAUGAUACAAAGUAAUGCUUGGAGCUCGCGGGCAGUUUGAAAAUUAAUGGUGUGCCGGGCGAAGGUUUGCAACUAAGGCUUUCUCCAUACUAACUCUCGGGGAAAGCACUUAGGUGGCUAAACAACCGCCCACCUCGGUCAAUCACCUCAUGGAAUGACCUCCUCAAUAAGUUUAUGGCGGAGUGGAGAAAUAAGAUUACCCAUUUCGAGCAAGAAGAGGACGAGACCUUGAGGGAUGCUUGGGAGAGGUACUAUGAUUACCUUCCUCACUGCCCUCACCACGGCUUUGAAGAAAAAUUUCAUAUUGAA